ACGCUCUACACUGACGGCUGGACGGACGUGAACGGCAAGAGCGUGAUUAACUACGUGCUGGAAUGUGAAGGCGAGUCCUAUUUCUUGGGGUCCGUCUACACUGGAAGCACGUCGCAUGAUGCAGUCUUCCUGUCGGCUGAUGUGAAGAGAGUGCUCGAGGCCGCGAAGUUUACGACCAUCGUUGCCGUUGUCACCGACAACACGGCCACCAACCAGCUGAUGUGGUCGACGCUGCGGCCUGAGUAUCCGGACAUCUUCUUUCAUGGGUGCAUCGCGCACGUGAUCCAUCUGAUUGUCAAGGACAUGGUAGCCAAGUUGAAGUGGUUGGGCAAGCUGCAAGAGGACUGCCGCAACAUGGUGAAGUUUUUCAAGAAGCAUCAGCUGCUGUGGGCGGAACUGCGUCGCAUGCAACGUCUGGAAGGCAAAAACGCGCUGGUGCACCCU